GGAAGUAGGCUUUGCGACUUACAUCUCUGCUACAGGAGGGUAUGAACCCCCGGAUCUAGGCGAGGUGAUGGCGGGGAACUCCAAUAGGUUUUGGUUUUACAACUGCUUUGAUUCAGGUGGGAUUUAGCAACUUCCUGCGUAAGCUUCACUGCCGUUUUGUAACUGUGUUUAAUUAGCACAAAACUUGUUCAGACAUUAGCAACUCCCUUCCAUAUGCAGCAUUAGCUUACCAGAUCUUAACUUUAUGUAGUACUUAUCAUUAUGUUGAUAACAACUUUGUGUGCGCCUGUAGUUGCAUAAGCUCUAGAAGUCUAGAGGACAGAUGGCGGAGGACAGGAGCAGUAGCAUGGGGAACAAGGUAGAUCACAAAGGUGAUCAGCCAUGUGAGCUAACGCUCAAAUUCCUCAAAAAGAUAACAAAUGAGUUCGACGAGUCUAGAAUACUUGGCAGAGGUACAUUCGGAACAGUUUACAAGGGUACUUACGAAAACGGAGAAGAGAUUGCAGUGAAGGUACUUAAAAACAUGUCAGGAUUUGAAACAACAGAGGAGUUUCACAAGGAGCUCAAGAACCUUAGAAGGCUCAAGCAUCAAAAUGUUGUUAAGCUAGUGGGUUUCUGCAAUGAAUCGGAGAAGGUUGUUGCAGUAUAUAAUGGGAAUCAAGUUAUUGCUGAGGAAAGGCAUACGUCACUCUGCUUCGAGUAUGUAUCCAAUGGUAGCCUUGCCGAGCAUAUUUAUGCUGAUGGAUGCUCAGGACUUAAUUGGCAUAUACUAUACAGAAUAAUCAAAGGGAUGUGUCAGGGUUUAGAAUAUCUUCGUCAUGGAUUGGAGUUUUCAGUAUGGCAUUUGGAUUUGAAACCUGCUAACGUAUUGUUAGAUAACAAUAUGAUUCCAAAGCUUGCAGAUUUUGGUUUAUCGAAACUUCUUUUUGGUGAUGAAAACACAAGAAAUACAAUCAAUCACGUUGGUACAUGUGGUUACUUGCCGCCGGAGUAUAUAGAGCAUCAAUCACUGUCAAAAGAGUUCGAUAUAUUCGGUUUGGGUGUUAUUAUAGCGAAGUUAAUGGCUGGACGUGACGUCUACUCCGAAAUUGAUAUCAUGUCCGAAAAAAAGUUUGUUAAUCAUGUACAUGGUAACUGGAGGAAAAAACUAUCUGAAACCUUGGCGCCUAGAGGACUCGAAGUGUAUGGCGAACAGGUCAAGACAUGCAUCCGUAUAGCACUAAAUUGCAUGAAUCGUAAGCGGGAAAAAAGACCCACUAUACAGUCCAUUGUCUCUGAUUUGAUAGAGACAGAAAUGUUGAUACGUACACGAGGGUUGCAGAUGGAACAUUCAUGUGAAAAGGAGCCCAUUCUUCCUGAGGGACGCACUCAGGCUAUAACUCCAGAAAUGGCCGGUGACUCCAGGAAAGGUAAAACUGAUGAUGGUACGGCGGGUGACUUAAGCAAUGGAGCGAGUCCUGAAUUUAAGGGACUGCCG